UUCGUCUCUUUGAAACUGAUUUUUCCCUCUUCUCUCUCUUUUGCCGUGGAGAUUUUUCUGAGCGAGCUUCGUGAUGCUAUCGAACCAGAGGAGCACGAAUUAGCUUCUCGAUCACGAUUCUUUUAGAUUCUCCUACUGUAGCGAUAUGAUGGACAAAGACGAGCCAUUUGUUUACAACGAGGUGGAUUACAAGACGCCUAAGCAGAGUCCCCAAACGUGGCCGAUGGAUAAGAUCCGGCAGAGCCGUUUUCAACAUAAAAUGUCAUCACUUUUGAGCCCGGUGACUCCUAAAAGGAAUUACAACAUCAGCAAUGCAAAGUCACUCCUGCUGCAGUGCUUACGGGACGCUAAAUCAGAUCCACUUCCUCGUAGGCGCUUUCCGGUUUCAUGCACAGAUGAAGGAAUCUUGAUGGAUGGUGUUCUGGUCACAUCAGCCACUAAAAAGAAGGUGUCUGAGUCUCCUUCAAGCUGUCCCGGACGAUCAGCACGUUCUUCAAUCUUCCGGAGUCAGCACAAGAAGAAUACAGAGUUUAGCAGCCCUAUAAGCGAAUCAGGCUGUAACCAGGAAACCACUCUGUCUCAGCAAUCUUCUUCAGCUGGCAAGGGAAAGAUUUCAGCAAAUAGUCCUUGUACACCAAAGGCUGCUAAUCCGUCAAAACUGCAAGCUUCUGCUGAACCAUUCAUCCUCACACCAAGACAAGCUGCUUCUCCUUUUCCACCACAGCAACUCCCAUAUGAUCAUUAUAAUCCGCAGUUUCCAUGCGCUAAUCCCCUGCACCUGCAGCCAUACCCGUACUUGCACCGGCCUCGGCCUCUGAUCUACGUUUAUCAGAGACCACCACUUCUUCCUCUCUUACCCCAUGGGCCUGACCCCUAUACGCUAAAUAGUCAAAAGGACUUCCCUCCAAUUCUCUCUGGCAACCAAACACCAACCACACCACACUCACUUCGCACAACACCUUCUUCUAGCCAGCCCAACACAACCACCAGCGACUCACCAGUCUACACUCCCAUAUCUGCUACUUUUACAGCCAAUCUCAAUACCAGUACCACCACCUCCACCCAUGGCUCCUCACCUUCUGCUGAUAGACUGGACACAGUGGCGAAAAUACCAGACUUGUCGUCGCCACCUUCUGAUGGACUCGAAACUGUGACGCAGAAACCAGACUUGGCUUCACCUUCUGCUGGACGUGAAGCAGUGACGCAGAAACCAGACUUGGCUUCACCUUCUGCUGUACGUGAAACAGUGACGCAAAAACCAGACUUGGCUUCACCUUCUGCUGGACUUGGAACCAUGACGAUAAAUAAAGACUGGUCACCUUCUGAUGAUGGACUCCCAACAUUCACACAAGAUCAACUUGAUUUUAUGAAAUCACAUAACAGGCUCUUCCCAGACUAUGUUUUCGGGCGUUACAAAUACAAAAAGAGAAUGUCAGCUUUCAAACAUCAGGAGGAGCACCAGUAAAACAAAAAGGUAACAUUCUG